UUUGCUACGAUCAGGGCAUUUCCGUGGGCUUGAUGCAAGUUCUGGCUGGGCACCAGAUAAAAACAGAAUCCCUUCUCGCCAGGGUAACAGAGCAGGAUCUUUCAGACAUGAAGCUCGUGGUAGGGCAAAAAAUUAUUUUACGUCGCGUGAUCGAACGCCUCAGCAAGUCGACUGGUGAUAAUCCCACCCCUCCAGUGGCGACCAGUAUGAGGGGGUUUACUUCCAGCCUUCACCCCUUUAAGCUUCAGGAAGAGCCUGCCAACAAUAAAGUGCUUCACAAUGCGAACCCUAUGUCUGUUCCCGAGCAAGUUACACAACCUGAAACUCGGAAUUCCUCAAGUAACUCAACUGGUCCGGAAGGCGCCAAAUCCUGCUGAACGUGACAAUACCUCCAACAAAGGGCGACAUCAAGUGACUGAGAGUGGUCAUAUACAAGCAGUCAAAGUGAAGACGAAUAUGUAGAUUUAAAAAAAAGAAAAACAACAGAUGCUAAAUAUUCAUUGCUAUUUCUGUCACCUUUAUAAGUCUUUCUUUAAUAGUUUAAUACGAUAUAGCUGUUAUUAGUUGCCAUAGCUCUUCUUAUAUUAAUGUUUUGUAGUCAUAUAUAUAUAUAUAAAUUUAACUAUUUUAGACUUCCUUCAUAGCAUAGAAAUAGCGUUUGUGCGCGUUUGUGCUUCAGUUUUCUUGCUGACCUGUAUUUUAUUGCUGUUUAAUGCUGAUGUUAACUGGC